UACCUGCAGAUGAAAUGGCCUCUUCUGGACGUCCCUGGAUCGGCGGGACUGAAGGACUCCCGUUCCCCCACGCCGGGGCAUUUAUCCAAUAAAGUGCCCGUGGUGCAGCACGCCCACCACGUCCACCCCCUGACGCCCCUCAUCACCUACAGCAAUGAACACUUCUCCCCCGGCACGCCGCCGUCCCACCUGUCCCCCGAGAUCUUGGACCCAAAGACAGGUAUUCCCCGGACACCUCACCCGUCCGAGCUGUCUCCAUACUACCCGCUGUCCCCCGGCGCCGUCGGCUCCAUCGCACACCCGCUGGGCUGGUUCAUGCAGCAACAGGGCCAGCCCAUGUACUCCAUCCCUCCGGGGGGAUUCCGUCACCCCUACCCAGCGCUCGCGAUGAAUGCAUCCAUGUCCAGCUUGGUGUCCAGCCGGUUCUCCCCUCACAUGGUGACUCCGCCUCCGCACGGCCUCCACCAGACGGGCAUCCCCCACCCGGCCAUCGUGUCCCCGGCCAUCAAACAGGAGCCCAGCGACAUGAGCCCCUCCAUGCACGCCAGGAAAUCUCCCGUUCCUCCCAAGAAAGAAGAGGACAAGAGGCCUCACAUCAAGAAACCGCUGAACGCUUUCAUGCUGUACAUGAAGGAGAUGAGAGCCAAAGUAGUGGCGGAGUGCACUCUGAAGGAGAGCGCCGCCAUCAACCAGAUCCUCGGCAGACGGUGGCACUCCCUGUCCAGAGAGGAACAAGCCAAAUACUACGAGCUGGCCAGAAAAGAGAGACAACUGCACUCGCAGCUCUACCCGGGCUGGUCAGCACGGGACAACUAUGGAAAGCGGAAAAAGAGGAAGAGAGACAAUAAACCCGACUCAAAACCAGAAGACUUUUCCAUCAGAAGCAAGAAGCAGUGCGUGCAGUACCUUCCCUCGGAGAAGAUGUGCGACAGCCCGGCGUCGUCCCACGGCAGCAUGCUGGACUCGCCCGCCACGCCCUCGGCCGCCCUGGCCUCGCCGGCCGCGCCCGCCGCCACGCACUCGGAGCAGGCCCAGCCGCUGUCGCUCACCACCAAACCGGAGGGGCGCAUGCACCACCACCACCACCACCACUUCUCCCUGCCCGCCAAGGCGUCUGGAUCCACAUCUUCUUCUUCCUCUUCUUCCUCCUCUUCUUCCUCCUCCUCCUCCUCCUCCCAUCUCUCCAUCCCGAUUGGCUCUUCGGGCGGCCAUUCGACCACGCCCAUCCUCAGCCGGCCAAUCCCCUUCAGCUCUCUGCACCCCUCCAUGCUCUCCCCACCGUCCCCUUUCCACCAGGCAGCCCUCCACUCCCAUCAUGCCUUGUUCCAGUCGCAGCCCCUCUCCUUGGUCACCAAACAAUCCGACUGAGCGAAUUGAAAAAGAAAGAAGAAAAAAAAAAAAAAUGCCAUUUUAGUCCAGCGUGUUGUGCUGUAUAUUGCUUUUCUUUACAAAAAAAUAGGUAUUAGAAUUGCUUUUUUUCUAAAAAUAAAAAAAAAUGAAAAGGAAGAAAAUAUUAUUGGUCAAUAUUUGACCGUCUCCUUUUCUACAUCUCUCAAUGGAAACAAAAUGUAUUUUUUUGUAAAGUUUUACCGCAGAACUGGUUUCUUUUCUUUUUGAUGAUGAUGAUGAUGAUGAUGAUUAUGAUGAUGAUGCAUUUAUCCAAAUGAUCCUCUUGUAUAAAAGAACCAUUGUACAUAACGUUUCUUUAUAUAAAAAAAAAAAAAAA